UCACCUACGUAAUUUACAUGCGCCUACCACCCAUAUAUAACCAAACGUUAUUUUUCCAUUUUCUUGUCGACAUUCACAUCGGGCAAAGUCUACCUUCAGAUUGAAGUAAAUUUCUUGAAUUUCAGAGUUUUCAAGGUUGAGGUUUUUUGUGGCAGCACAUGGAGAACCCAAUAGACAUGGUCAAUUUCUCGGUUUUAUGGAGGGGAAACAAGUAUGUUGUUGAUAUUAACAGCGAUGCUUCUCUUAAGGACCUUGGCGAUGAGCUGCAGAGAUUGACUGCUGUCAAGACUGAUACACUGCGGCUCAUUAUCCCUCAAAAAUCCAUAAAAAGCUCAAAAUUGUUUUAUCCUUUCUCUGAGGAACACUCUUCUUUAAUUCUACAUGAAGCUUCCAUCACCGAGGGGACAUCUAUCAGAAUGAUGGGGGUGUCUGAAAAUGAGGUUGAUAAACUUCUAGAAGAUGCAAAGGCAAACUUGAGAAUAGCUGGAUUUGAUGAAGAGGAAAAGAGAAUGAGACAGCGAAUUUCGGGAAGGCCAAGUGGUCUCUUGAAACUACCCCAAGGAUCUUAUAUUUUUUGUGACUUUCGCACACUUGAACUUCCUGGCGUUGAGUUGAACCCUCCAGCUUCAGAGGCCUUGAAAAGAAUGCAUAUGCUUGCUGCAGAUCCUGGAGUAGUUGCUAUCAUGAAUAAGCAUCGCUGGCGUGUUGGAAUUAUGACUGAGAUGGCCCCAGUUGGUUAUGUGGGUGUUAGCCCAAAAUGCAUUCUAGGGUUUAACAAGAAUCAUGGGGAGGAGAUUUCUCUUCGUCUUCGAACGGAUGACCUUAAGGGCUUUAGGAAAUAUGAGAGCAUCAAAAAAACUCUUCUGCAUGAGCUUGCUCACAUGGUAUAUUCUGAACACGAUGCGAACUUCUAUGCUCUAGAUAAGCAGCUGAAUCAAGAAGCUUUCAGCUUAGAUUGGACUAAAUCGAGGGGCCACACCUUGAGUGGAAGGCAGCUUUCAGAACAUUAUGAAGACGACUUCCAUUUUGAAGACCAUAAAAGCUUUGUUCAGAAGCUUGGGGGCACGUCAGAACGGCUGGCAAGUGCCAGGGAUUCAUCUGUUGUUGCUGCUCUUCGUCGUUUAGCAAAUGCUUCUGGGAACAGUUUCGGAGAAUCUGAAAUACAUAAAGAACCUGAUCCUGAUGAUUCUGGACUCAACGCGGGUGAUAAACCAGAUCACAUGGUUCUAGACGUCAAGAGUUCAAUAGAAGUUCAACAGAAAAAUGAUCUUGAGCCAGAUCCUGAUGACCAUAUUGGAACUGGAAACAAGUUUGAGCCUGAUCCUGAUGAUUCUCAAGAUGCUCAAAUCUUGGAAACUGACAAUCUUUUGAGGUAUGGUGUUGUGGCUUCAUCUGAUUCUCAUCAUGCUCAGACAAUAGAAGUUCCAGAAAGCGGAAUGCGGUCAAGUAGAAUCAUUGAUGAACCCGGGCCGUAUUCCUUUCAAGCAAACCAAAUAAACCUGGUUCAUGGCAUCACCACAACACCUAGUAAGAAUGAUUCUCAGAUGGAAACUGCAGAAGGUCACAUCCAGUUAAAUAAUGGUUACAAAGAAAUUGGUCCUGGAUCUCAAGCAAAUGGAGUUUUGCAGGCAGAGUCUUUUCCGGAUGAUAAUCAUUUGGUGCCCCAGCAAGUAAAAUCCCGUAUGCAAAUUGAUGAGCCAGAUCCAGAUGAUCAAGAAUUAAGCAGGAUACUCGACCCUGUUACUGUUUUAUGUGGUCGUCUACAGAAGGCCAUUGAGACGCUGCAAGCUGAACUUCGUCCCAUGGAGGCAACCUCUGCCCUACAGACUCUAUACAAGAUAAUUAGGAAUGUGAUUGAACACCCUGAUGAGAUGAAAUUCAAGAGACUGCGGAAGGCCAAUUCAAUCAUCCAAAGAGAUGUCGCAAAACAUAAAGCUGCCAUGGAAAUCAUGUUUUUGAUCGGUUUUGGUGAAGAUGUUAUAUCCGAUGAAUUUGGGAAGGCAGAAACAUAUUUGGUGCUAAAGCGGAACGACCCUGGGUUAUUUUGGCUCGCGAAGUCUCUGGUUGAAGCCUGCAUUGCUUGUUAGUCAUUGUAUUUAUAGGAGAAACAAGGUUGAACACAAACUCCUGGAGGAAAUGAUGUCUCUUUAGGAGAAAGUGCAUUAUGUUUAAACUUGAUGAAAUACCUACAGGAUCUAGGUUUGAUGUUGCUGCA